AAUAUUUUAUAUUUUAUUAUCUUAUUAUUAAAAAUUGUGAUUUGACGGAAAAUAUUAAAAUAUAAAUUCUAUAGUAAAGAAAUCCCUUUCUUUUCAAUUAACAUCAGCUUACACACUUUUUUAUCAGUUUCAGAUGUUAAUCUGUCUUCAGUUUCCUUCAUGCAUGAGGACUGGAUAAUAAUGCCAAAAGGAAGACAAACCUGUGAGAUAAUAACAAUGAUAUAUGUUAACUUUGUACUGUAGUAAGAAUGGAUUGAAAAAGGAAGAAGCAUUUGUAUCCAGUUAUGGGCACAUAUGGACCAGAAGAACUAAAAAUUAUUUAACACUGUGUUUUUUCUUUGAAUUUCAAUAAUGUUGGGGUUUAAUUAUAAUAAUUUUUAUUUCAGAGAUAACAAAAAUUUGAAUGCUGUGUGGAAGGCUUCAGAAGGCAGAGGCAUUUAUACUUAUGGUAAAAGUUUUUAAAACGAUGUUAAUUUUUUAUAUUGGUAUGGUUUUCUGAAUAUUUCUGUACAUAUUAGUAAGAAUUGUAGAACGAAAACACUAGAGAUAUGUGUUAAACUAUGAGCUGGUAAAUAAUUCCAGUGAUGGUUGAAGUAUUUUCUAUUUUGGGGAACAGAGGAACAAAUACACAAAUAUAGGGAGGCAGGAUGUUGGGAUUUAGGUUUGGCCUACACGAACUAAUAAAGUCUAUUCACAGUUGUGGAUCUGAAGAGAAAACGUUCUAAAGGUAGAGGUUAAUUGUGUGCUUAACAUAGUUUAGAUGAUGACAUCCAGAAUUUCAAUGAAAUGGGCUCUUCGAGUCAAAAUAGAAAAACCGUGUUAAUUCUGAAUGAUGAGGCUUGAUUCCUGGCAGGGCUUUGAUUGUUUUCACUGUCUUCUUCCUUUCCUUUAUAUACCUUAUGGCCUGUUACAGCAUUACAUAACAAUACUUCCAGUCUUCACUGUCAUAAUCAGAAAUUCAUAAAGACCCACCCAGCAUUGAAUACCUGUAUCCCAUGGGUAUUGGAGCCUCUAUUCCCCGAGGGUAAAAGCAGCUGGAUCAUGAAGCUGGUUACUCAUCUACAUCUAUUGAUGAGACAGAAAAUGCUUGGAGUUUUACCUUCUUUCCAGUGGUGUAUUUUAUACAUGGAGUUUAAAUAGGGUGGCUUGUUAAAACUCAGAAAAGAAGGUUAUAGUAAAGAUUUCACUGCCCAAACACUUUGUUCUGAUUUUAGUGCAUUUAAAAAUUUAAUUUUCAUUAGUCUAGAUCCGAGAGUUGUUUGUAAGAAAAACUUCCCGCCAUAUGCAACCAUAAUUCUAAAGGCCGUGGAAUAUGAAUGAAUGGUCACGCCAUUUUAUGUCAAUGUACUAUUGCUGGCUAAAUCUUAAGUCUGAUAUUUUGGAAUAUCCUGGGGCUAGAAUUAGUUUUGUGUUGCACUGAGUUUUUACAGAUGAAAGACAAGGGAUUGUAAUAGCAGAGUAUUUCGUAAAUUAGUGACGAUAAAUUGCGGCCUGUCUAUGUAAGGGUAGUGUGAAGGGAGAUGGAAACUGAAAAUAAUCGAUACGCACAUGCACAUCGAUCAGUUGCAUGCGGCACAGAGUCUGUAUAUGCGACUUGCGCCGGUCACCACUGCGCAUGAAAGCAGUAGGAAGGGAGGAGACCUGCCUAAUCGUGUCGGCAUCGACUGGCUAAAAUUGUUUGGGGGGCGGUGGUGAGAGGAGGACAGAUUUGAUCGAGGUGGAAGUGUCUGUUCAGUACACAACCGUCCCUCGUGAAGAAGAGAGGAAGAAAGUCCACCCCUCCCGAGGGUGGUGGUGGUGGAUAGUUCCGUGAAGUCUCGAAAGGGGUCAACAUAAUCGCGGAAACAAUUUUUUGUUUCGGGGUGUCAGUGGUGCUGAUUCACCACCGAAGAAAGGAUUUUUUAAUGGUAAUGGAGACGUCAACACUCUUCACAACUACUAGGCUUUCAUCAUUGUCUUCCACACAGUCGUGACGUUUGUUGAAGACACUAUGUCGUCUAUCUCAGCCCAAGGUGUUGUCGAAAGAGCAAGUGCGGAACUUUCAAAAAGGAUAAAUGGAUUAGGUUUACGGAGCAGUAAACAUCACCGUAGUAGUUCAUCUUCCGCUGCCACUAAUAAUGGUGAGACGGGAAGUCAUGGAGGUGGUAAUACUAAAACUAGCGUCAUGGAACGAGUUACCAAUGUGUUCUGUGGAGGAAGUAAUUCGAACAGUGUGGCUUCUAGUGGUGGUAGUGUUGGGGCACCUGAAAAACCGUCUCGUCUUCAUUCAGGUCGUAGUUCAAAAGCAGCUUCCUCGGCAGUGAAUGGAAACAGCGUCCUAGUGACCCCUCAAGUUACUCGUCGUGUACCGACGUCCGUCGUUAACCAAAACACGGCAACGACAACAUCGUCCAGUGUUUCUUUACCGCAAUACUUGACAUGGGAUCAGCUGAUGUUAGAUGAACGUUUUCUGUCAAAGUUUUUCCUCUAUUUUACUCCUGGUGAACGUCGAACCUUGGCUCAAGUGUGUGGGAAAUGGAGGGAUGUGCUGUACAGGACCCCCAGGUACUGGGCUGGACUGACACCUGUGCUGAAGUGUAGGGAGCUCAGGGCUGCCCCGUGCCCAGAGAGAGCCAGGCUCUACUCUUCGCUCCUCAGAAGAGGUUUCCAUGCGGUCUCACUUCUUGGAGCUACGGACGAGGAUGCCCUGGACUUGGUACAUUCUUUCCCAUUGGCUGCCAAGCACGUCCAUUCUCUAAGCCUACAGUGUUCCAGUGUUAGCGACAGAGGUCUGGAAGCACUGCUGGAUCAUCUUCAGGCCCUGUUCGAAUUGGAACUGGCCGGAUGUAACGAGAUAACGGAGGCGGGAUUGUGGGCGUGCCUGACGCCGAGGAUUGUGUCCCUCACCCUGACGGACUGCAUCAACGUGGCCGACGAGGCUGUUGGCGCCGUGGCGCAACUCUUACCGUCGCUCUAUGAGUUCUCGCUGCAGGCCUAUCACGUCACGGAUGCUGCUCUGGGGUAUUUCUCCCCUAAACAGAGCAACUCACUCAGUAUCCUGAGGCUCCAGUCCUGCUGGGAACUCACCAACCACGGCAUCGUCAAUAUCGUUCACUCACUGCCGAACCUGACUAUCUUGUCGCUGUCGGGCUGCAGCAAGAUUACUGACGAUGGAGUGGAGCUGAUAGCCGAGAACCUGCAGAAACUGCGCAGUUUGGACCUCUCGUGGUGCCCGCGUAUAACUGAUGCGUCUCUCGAGUACAUUGCCUGCGACCUCAACCAGCUGGAGGAGCUGACGCUCGACAGGUCUGUGAUUAUACGAACCGGAUGAAUAUGUACCAGUAGGAACCUGAAGAAACUGGAGACCUGGUGAUUUGAGCGUAGACCUUCAGCACGAGAACAAAGUAUCUUCACUCUAUGGGGAUAAAUAUGGUGGUUAUUUAAACAUCUUUUUCGCAGAAUUUAUCUCACGAGGUUCUAUGGAUUGCAGUCACUUUUAAAUAAAUCGGUCUAGUCCCUAAGCAAAAAUAAUUCGCCACCCAUGCAUUAAACCGCGGUAACAAAUAUGUCUUGCAGCUUUGCUGUUUUCUGUAAGAAAAAUGUUUGUGAGAAAUCCUGGCAAUGUCUUCCGGCAAUAUGAACAAGUAUUUGGGAAAUCAGCGCAAUAAUAAAACGAGGAAGAGAAAGUUUGUUUGUUGGUAUCCGUGUUAAUGGACAAGGGAAGCUUGCAGGUAGAAGAACUACAGAAGGCCGGUGUGAAUUACACGAGAAUGGCGAAGUUGUUAGAGUCAAGAAAACCCAUUGGACGUGUUGUUUUAAGAAUUUCGACAGUUUUCAAUGAGCAAACUACAUUUUUGUGCCAGAAUUUGUACAAAUUUUUCGAGCUAUUGUCGCAUAAUCACAUACACGUAAGAUAAAAUUAAUUUAAAAUAUCCUCAUAUAUUCAUUCUUAAGAACGACACAGACUGUUAUUUCCGAUGACGAAUCUAUAUUUCCCGUUAUAUUCUUGCUGAAAAUCAUUCCCUAUAGAGGACACGUGUAACCACAAAUGUUGGUCUUGAGUUCCGCCUGUUUCAUUUGAACGCCGAUGGCUAUUCAAACACGAAUCAAGAGUUUGCGCUUUGUCGUUAUACAUCACAUCAAUAAUUAUUGCUAUAAUGUUCUGCACACAAAUCCCAUCCCACCCUUCAUGUAAGGGGGGUUGCUAUGGUGACCGUAUUGUACAGUUAGCAAGAUUUGAAAUGGCGUUCACCACCCCAUGAGUCUCAGCCCCGUGCUAUUUUUUUUUGUGUCGGCUUAUCUCUUCACGAAUGAAGCUUGAUGCAAGGUUGGACUAGAGAAAUAAGAUAUCAAAGCCCUCUGCAUGUUUUAUUCACACAAAUAAAUUUGUUUUUAUCCGCUUACCAUAU